AUGAAGUUCUCCACACAAUUCCUCGUUCCUCUCUUCCUGUCCCUAGCACCUCAUGCCACGGCUGCUUCCUCUGAUCUGGAAGUGCAGGUCGGACACCAUGUGAUCUUUUCUUACGCCGGUCUUGAGCCACCAGCUCAGCUGCUCGACCUGAUCACAGCUGGCAAGGUCGGAGGUGUCAUCCUCUUUGGCGAAAAUGUCGGCGACAACCUUGUCGCCACAGUAGACACUUUGCAGUCAACCUACGCGCAAAGCCCUUACUACUCCGGUAGUCCAUUGUUUAUCAUGACCGACCAGGAGGGUGGAAAAGUCCGUCGGUUGCCCGGCGGACCAGAGCAGAGCGCCAAGCAGAUCGGCCAAUCGGCCGAUCCAGAAGCAGGAGCGACGCAGAUGGGCAAAGAUGCUGCAGCUGUCCUGAAGACCUACAAGAACAACGUCAACCUUGCGCCAGUGUUGGAUGUGUAUCACGAGGAAGGCGACUUUGCCGACAGAUACGGGCGCUCGUUCGGAAGUUCAUCAACCCUUGUUGCAACAUGCGGAUCGGCAUUUAUCACCGCGCAACAAUCCGCCGGUAUCGUUGCUGCUGCCAAGCACUUCCCCGGUCUUGGUGGAGCUGGCACAACUGAGAACACAGAUGAGCAACCCGUCACUAUUGAUCGUACCAUCGAGCAGAUGCACAAGAUCGAUAUGGCACCCUACCGCAACGCAAUUGCCGCGGGUGUGGAUAUGGUCAUGACUUCGUGGGCUAUCUACCCCGACAUAGACCCCAAAUAUCCUGCUGGACUGAGCAAAACUAUCAUUCAGAACGAGCUGCGGGACAGACUUGGCUUCAAGGGUGUCACCAUCACCGAUGCCAUUGAGGCUGGUGCACUGGCUGCCUUUGGAGAUAGUGGCAACCGUUCAUUGUUGGCUGCGCAGGCUGGUAUCGAUAUCUUGCUUGCAGCUGCGCGGGACGUCACCCAGGGAGAAGCAGUUUUCAAUGCUUUGCUUGCUGCGUUGAAGGAUGGAUCUUUGGACAAGAGUGCAUUUUCUGCUGCGACUCAGCGGAUUUUGGAUGUUCGGAAGAAGCUUGUUUAA